GGAAACGAUCGACGAGCAGUUGUGCAAUGAUUGAAAGCGUAGCCUUUCCGCACUUCGAUGGUGACAAGGAGAAGGAGGCGGCUGGAACGGCUGUAUCUGUGCCCAUCGGCGGCAGCCAGGAGGCAGCUAUGACCUUUUGCGUUGUGCUGCCGCAACCUGACGCUAACGUAGAGGUGCGCAUCGCGUCACACACGACAUCCACAGGGACAGUGGCUGGCUGUGGUGGUGUUAAUUGCAGGUUGAGAAGGGCGUGUAUGAAGGAGGAGUGCAGAUCUGGGAAGGGUCACGCGACUUGGUUGCCUUCAUGGCCCGGCAGAGGCAGGAGGGCGUUGAUUGGUGUGCUGACAAGGUCGUCAUGGAGCUAGGUCAGCGGAUGAAUCAGUUGCAGACAUGCACCUAUCAUUCUGUCAUUCUGUCUGGCAGGUUGUGGCCAUGGCCUGCCUGCCCUCUUUGCGCUGCAGCAUGGGGCCAAGAGCUGCACCUUCCAAGACCUCAAUCCGGCUGUCUUGCACAACAUCACUGCCCCGAAUGUGGCCCUCAACGUUCCCUCCGACGCUUCAAGAUGCCGCUUCGUGAGUGGCGACUGGCCUUCCCUGCCCCGGCUGUUCGCCAGCGAGCAGCUCGAUGCGUGUGACGUGAUAUUGAGUGCCGAGACGCUGUACAGAGAGGAGGGCUUUGGUGACAUUGCUGCCGUGUUGAAGGCUGGUCUCAAGACAGGCGGUGUGGCGCUGUUCGCGUCCAAACGAUACUACUUUGGUGUGGGUGGUGGGAGUGUGCUGUUUAGUCAGUAUAUUGCGUCUACCUGUGGGAGCGACUUGCGUGUGGAUAGUGAGAGUGUGAUUGAGGACCAGCGCAGCAACGUGAGAGAGAUACUAAGAAUUGUGAGGACCUGAAGUCAAGACUGCAUUGCUGCAUAUAUACAUGUCCACGAGUCUUGCAGCGAUGUUGACUCCUAUAUUGACAUCACAAGCACUUGAAUGAAUC